AUGGCGCCCACUGGCAACGCUGUGAUCACUGCUUUUUUCAAGAAAGCUACACCUGAACAGCUUGAAAGACAGAAGCAGAUUGAUGCUGAGCACUGGGAAGCUCAGAAGAGGAAGGAUGCUGAAAAAUUGGCGAGGGAUGAAGCAAAGCGGCAGGCGGCUGAGGCAGCCAAGAGACCAGUGGGUAGGCCAAAGAAGAAAAGACCCCCUCCAGUGGUGCUUAUUGAUCUGGAAAACCCCGCUGCAGAGCCUACCCCCCAACCCCAACAGCCUCCGGCUCCUAAGAAGCUCAAGGGCCCUUACACCAAGUGGGGGUCUGUUAAGCUCUGGCCACUCAUUGCCGAGGCAGUCCGCAAGCACCCCAAAUCCCUCUCAGAAGCCCUCAACUUUCUGCAACACAUCAAGGCGGCUCCGGGCAGAUCUGCCAGUCCCUUUGACAAGCUGACUGUGAACACCAUGAAAGGGUGGUACGAAAGGAGCGGGCCAGACGGCCACUGGAAGCUGAAGGACUCGAUGAAAGAGAAGCUGGCAGCGCUUGCAGGGAGCAAGGCAGCUCAACUGCGGCGUAACAGGGAAAGUCCUGGGGGCAUUCUCAAGGGCAGACCUGAGGUGGUUGACAAGAUUGUGCGCUGCCUGAAGGGUAUGCGAGAGUUUGGCCAGCAGAUUGAUAGCUCCGGACCAUCAGGAGCAUCAUCGAGG